AAAAAAAAAAAAAAAAAAAAAAAAAAAAAAAAAAAAAAAAAAAAAAAAAAAAAAAAAAAAAAAAAAAAAAAAAAAAGCAAAAAAAAAAAAAAAAAGACAUGAAGAUUAACGGUGUCUGGAAGGAUGAGGGUACUAUUAUUCUUCUCAAUUGCAGCUUUCACUCCUCUGCAGCUAUGGUGACAGCGGUGACCACUGCUCUAUGGCUUCUCGGCGAGUUCCUAGCAUUGGCGGAAAUCAAGCCGUCGUUCUUGCCAUCGCCAUCGCCAUCGCCAUCACCAUUUUCUACAUUGCCAUCGUCUUCGUUGGGAGAGUUCAGCAGGCGUGGUGGGAAAGCUUGGAGGAGAGAGAGAGUGCUGCAGCAGCAAACAGUUCCCUACCCGUGUUGGGGAUGGAAGAUCCUGGACGAGAGAGUCCUCAUCCCUUCGUGUCAGAUUGUCGUCCGCCCUGACUCAAGCUCGCCUUUCGUUGCAUCGCUCACUUUCACGGAUGGGAAUUGUGAGGCAGCGGUUCGGAGCAUCGUACUGGCACCAAACAGCAGCGCUUUCUUCUUCAUCCUCGACGAGCGAUGCGAUGACCCUGUCUUGUUGUCGCUUGUGUCCAUCAAGCAGGGGGAUUUCGGUGCGGCGGGCGGGGAAGCUUCCACCAUCAGCUAUUGGUGGAGGGGCACAGAUGGGAAUAUGACGGGGCCUCCUACCAACGCAACAAUGUGCAAGGAAAGCCAAUGCGAUCGGGAUAUGGAUGACCCUGCUGCGUUGACCAUCUCGACAUCGCCAUCGAAGCUCCUUCUCUGCGGAUCCCGACGGCCUUAUCCUCACCAAUCAUGGCUGACGGAAUUGAGCGUCCUAGAUGGGUCUAGAGUUUCCGUGCAAUUGCCGAUGGCCGGGGCCGGGGCAUUGAGUUGGGAUCGCGACAAGAGCACGCUGUUUCUCGCUUCCAGCAUUCUCCCACCCACUCGCAUCUCCUCCUCCUCCUCCAAUCUCACCUUCAACGCCGACGGUCUGCUGGCCAAUCAGACCCUCUCCCUCUCAACGGUCCUCGAAUUCGACGAGCAUCAGGAGGUUUGGAACAUGUCCCAGCCCUAUUUCAGCCCCCAGAGCUUUACCCGCGACGGCCUUUGUCUCUACUUCAUCGAUCGGAUCGAUAGGGGUCAAGUCUGGGGGCUCGAUCUGGUGACCAAGAAUGUCACUCUCGUCGCCGGCAGCGGAUUGCCGCCGGACGAACAAGCAGUGGAAGGAUCGACGGCGACGCAGGGGCGGCACACCGACGGCAGCAGUAGCAGCAUCAGCAGCAGUGAUGGCCUUGAGUCUCAAUUCGCCUUUGGCAAGCUGCAAGAUCUCGCCGUGACCGGUGAUGGGCUGAAUGUCUUCGUCGGCGACUCGGCAUGGGGGUGGGGGCGAGUGAUCUGGAUCCAGGUAGACUCUUCUUGCAGCCCCGCAAGACGGGUCGCCACCUUAGCUACCUAUCGAGUCGAGCAGCUCUCCGGAGUCUGUGCUGUGUCCAUCAGGGAGGAGAAGGACGGCAGGAAUGCGACGUUGAUCCUGGGAACGGAUGAUGGCUACGUCUUCCAAUUCAACAUCGUCAACGGAUCACUCCACUCCGAUGGGUAACUUAACGGAAUUCGUUUGGGAUAACUUAACGGAAUU